AUGACAAGCGUUGAAGAAGCACGAGAACUGUUGGGGAAGGCGGAGGUGCGACUACAGAAGGCGGAGGACGAGUUAAAGGCGUUUCAGAGCGCGGAAUUGGAGGGACAAUGGCUGAACGACUUGAGGAGAAAGUUUCGAGCUGGAACCAUUACCAAUAAGGAAGACAGAGAGCGGCAUAGGCUGGAGAAAGAAGAGAAGAGGCUGAAGGAUGCCGUGGAGACAGCAGGCAAGGAAAAAUUCGUAUGGGCUCAGGCAUUUGAUGACGUGCGGAGGAAGAAUGACCAACAGACGCAGGAAAUUCUGCCAUUCAUGGUUUCGAGUAGCGCCGACAGUGCCCAAGUCAAACGGCGGAAACUGGACGAUGACUAUAAGCGGACCGUUCGAGCUGGACAAAGUGUAGGUGGUCCAUCAAGUGGUGCAAAACCUAAAGAAUUUCGUGAGAAACAACAGAAAGAUCCAACAGUUUACAAUGGCAGACCAUUUGAGCGUACUGGUCCGCCAAUUGCUCUCUAUAAUGAAAUCUUUGGCAGGUUUAUUCAAGAAUUGAAUGACGAAAACCUGGUAAUGACUGCUGAUCAUUACAAAUGGACCGAGGACUUUAUGUUCACAGCGUCAGAAUUGUACGACAGUGAAGAUGAUCGCCUAGAAGCUGUUCACGACAAACUAGCAACGCUGUUGGGGCCAAUACAAACAACAACUUAUGGGAAAAAAAAAAUACUUGCUCAGACGGGAGCACUCUAUUAUCAAGGAUAUUGGUCGCAGGAUAGGACGAGCGCAGUUCGGGAACGGUGUUGCUGCCCUUCGUUUAUCCUCGCCAUGGCUGGGCCAUGGCUUUGUGUUCUCGGAGGGGUCUACACCAACGUAGUUAUUGUAGAGCCACUGACAGAUUUCGUCAGUCUAUUGGUUAAACCACGAGACGGGGACCAACUGGGUCGUAUUGCUCGUAUAUUUGAAGCACUGCAACGUGCUCUAGAUCGACUCGACGAAUUUUACGGUGCUUUGGACAUGACCUCGCUGUCGGAUGAACAGAGAUUUUUCCCCUAUCAUCGCUCUUACAAAGACGCUAGCAACGUGAACCAUACCUUCACUUAUCAUUCACCACUCACAGAUGACUGCAAGAAACCGCUUUGGCGCGCGCAAACAGAGGACGGCGGCAUACUUGUC